AUGCGUCGACACAAAGCGUGCGGGAGCGAAUUCGACUAUUUGGGGUGGGAGGAGCUAGGUGCGUGGAAGGAACGUGCACGCGAGUGCCAUUCGCACACCCCUUCACUAUCAGAAAGUCACGGGCAUAAGAGGAAGAGGUCGAAGAAGGAUUGCACAACCCAGUGUCUUUACCCCAGCGCUUGCCACUGGAAAGCGAAGGAGGUGAAAGCCGCAAGAGCGGCAGAAGCGACGAAGAACGCCGACUUCAGCUUUCUCGAUCCGGAUCGUAUCGCUCAGGCGCCCGUCACCCGUGCCGGAGGCGGUAAUGAAGACCAAGAAGUCAGCCGAGGAGAAGGAGCAGAAGAUACCAGCUACGAGCCCAUCAAGCUUGUCUCUUCGAUCAAAAGUCUCUUUCGCUCCUCUUCUUCCACCAGCACAGCCACCACCGACCCUAUCAAAAACAGAACCCAAGAAUUUCGGCAACAGCUAAACCCUCUCUCCUGCAAUCCCAUCUCACCACCGCGAUCCCGCAGCGUCGACAGCGCUUUCAUCCUCCCAGAACUCGAUUUCACCUGCACGCCCCACACCGCUACGGCCACCACUAUACAGCCAGUCUCCUCACUUGCGGACUUAGUGAACUCUACUCUGCAGGCAAAAGACGCGGAGGGGAAUGCAGUAGGUGGGGGUGAAAGUGAGGGAGAUGGGGAUAUCGACAUGCCUGAUCUCUGGGACGUUUCGCCUUCGUCGUCCUCGUCCGAGGACGGAUGUUUGGAGGAAGGAAGAAGGGAAGCUUCGCCUCUUUCGUCUCAGAGUGCUGGUUGGGGUCACCUGUGCACGAGUGAUGAGGGCGAGGAAGGGAGGAGGAUGAGCAUUUAA